AUGCCUCUAGCGAUCCCCACAGGAUCCGCUAAAACUAAACCCGAUCCGGAACUUCCGUUCACCACCCGUAUAUAUCUCCUCCGCGGGUAUGCGUCCCACUCUCAGCUCGUGGCAAUAUCCCUGACUACAGGAAACCAGAUGGCGUACCCCAAGAACGUGGGCAUUAAGGCCCUCGAGAUCUAUGUCCCGAGCCAGACCUUGGAUCAGAGCAAGUUCGAGAGCUACCAGGGAGUCUCUGCUGGCAAGUACACCAUCGGUUUGGGCCUGCAGUCCAUGAACUUUUGCACCGACCGUGAAGACGUCUGCUCUCUCUCCUUGACCGCUGUCUCGUCACUUCUCCGGAAAUACUCAAUAGAUCCGCGAUCAGUCGGUCGACUUGAAGUCGGGACUGAGUCUCCCAUCGAUAAGGCCAAAUCAGUCAAGACGGUUCUCACCCAACUCUUUGCCGACAAUCACUCUCUCGAAGGCGCGGACACGGUUAACGCCUGCUAUGGCGGGACAAACGCGCUAUUCAACGCUAUAAACUGGGUGGAAUCCCGCUCUUGGGAUGGCCGAGAUGCUAUUGUUGUUGCCUCUGACAUUGCUAUAUACAAGGAGGCUGCCGCCAGGCCAACCGGAGGCGCCGGGUGCGUUGCGAUUCUUGUCGGGCCUAAUGCCCCGAUCGUUGCUGUACCUGGGCUGCGCGGUACAUACAUGACGCAUGCGUAUGACUUCUACAAACCCGACAUGAAAUCGGAAUAUCCCGUGGUCAACGGCCAUCUCUCUAUUUCAUGCUACAUGUCCGCGCUUGAUGGCUGCUACGCAGAGCUGCGUAAGAACGCCGCGCGCCUCGCCAAUAGCGCCAAAACAAGUUAUCCAGAGGCUGUUGCUAUUCUGGCUAGAGAGCGGCAGAGCCUGAUCGACGUCUUUGACUUCAUGGCCUUCCACACACCCAACUGUAAGCUAGUCAGCAAGUCAUACGGGCGGCUGCUCUACAACGAUUUUUUGAAUGACAAGUCGAGCGCGGAAUUUGCCAGCCUGCCCCAGCCCCUUCGAGAUCUGUCCUACGAAGAGUCCCUCAAGUCCAAGGAGUUGGAAAAGACGUUCCUUGAACUUAGCAAACAGCGUUUCAUAUCCCGUGUCGAGUCUUGCAUCCGUGCACCAAGCAUGUGUGGAAAUAUGUACACUGCGAGCCUGUAUUGCUCUUUGAUCAGCGUUCUAUCCCAUGUUGGUUCCGACGCGCUGCAGGGUAAGACCAUUGGCAUGUUCAGCUAUGGCAGCGGCAUUGCCAGUACUCUUUUCACACUACAGGUUGUGGGCGACGUGAGCAGUAUUAUCGACAACAUUGACCUUUUUGCAAGACUGAAGGCGAGGCGCGUGGCGAGUCCGCAGGGGUAUGAACAAGCAUGUAAAAUGCGCGAAGCUGGAUACGGCGUGGCGAACUUCACCCCAAGAGGUGAUCUAGCCAGCAUCGGAGACGGAGUGUAUUAUUUGGAGCAUAUUGAUGAGCAGUACCGACGAACAUACGCUGUCAAGUCCAGUACUGCUAACGAGACAGGUAGACUGGACAGUGUGCAUUGA